AUGCCAUCCAGUCGACCAUCUCCGCUGGUGAUGGGCGGUGCAGGAUUCAGCUACCAACUCAACCCAAAACCCGAAUCCCUUCCAAUUGUAGACAUACUCCUGCGCGCUUUCGAUCUCGGCGUGCGCACCAUCGAUACCUCUCCAUACUAUGAGCCCUCAGAGCAGCUCAUGGGAGCCGCCCUAUCUGAUCCACGCAUCACUUCCAAAUACCAGCGAGCCGACUAUGAACUCAUGACCAAAGUUGGACGCAUCAAGGAAAAUGAGUUCGACUACUCACCAGACUGGAUCCGUCAAUCUGUGGCGCGGUCGAUGGAGCGUUUCCAAUCUUCGUAUCUGGACGUUGUCUUUUGUCACGAUGUCGAAUAUGUCUCUAUAGAAGAGGCAGUGACUGCUGUUGGUGUGCUCUUCGAGUUCCAGCAAGCAGGUAUUGUUUUGCGUGUGGGUAUCUCAGGCUAUGACAUCGAUAUACUAGCGGAAGUGGCCACGCUCGCACAACAGCGUUACGGGCGACCUGUAGAUGUUAUCCAGACAUGGGCUCAGCUCACUCUUCAAAACACACAAGCAGAAUCCCGAGGUUUCGCGCGGUUCCGCGACGCUGGUGUAACAUCAGUCUUUUGCUCAAGCCCUUUGGCAGUUGGACUACUCAGGACUGGUGGCAUUCCUGUGGGUUUGACUGGCGACUGGCAUCCUGCGCCUCAAGGCUUGAGGGCUGCUGCGGCUGAAGCAGCGCAGUGGGUAGAUGGGCAUGGAAAGGGGGAGACUCUUUCAUUCCUCGCGAUGCAAUAUGCUAUUCUCAAGGCCAGGCAGAAUUGUACUCCUUCGUUCGAAGUGUCUACGAUAACGGGAAUCAGCACUUUAUCUGAAUUGGAACAGAAUGUAGCUGCUGCCAAGUCAAUUCUCAAAUCGACAAAGGCAUCUGAGAGCUUGCAGGAUUAUACUGAGCUGGAUACACAGGCAGUGGAGAGUCGUUCCGAACUGUAUGAGCAUAUUCGAUCAAUGCUUGGGACUUGGGUAGACUAUGACUUUACAGGGAAGAAAGCGAAGGAAUAA